UCCUUUAGAUACCUACCUACUCUGAGCCUCCGUUUUCCUAGUGGGACGUCAUUUUGUUCAUCACCUCAGCCAGAAGUUUACUGUUCCUCUGUCCCACCUCACCCCCCGCCCCAAGGCACUUUAUCCGUAACUUUCGAUGGGAACUUGCUGUUCCACCCUGUUAUACUUAGUUAAGUCUUGUCUACUGCUCCCUAGGGUCAGGAUCUGUGCAUUUAUUUAAAAUCUGUUUUCCUAGCUUGUACCACAGCCCUAGUCAGAGUGGCUUGCAAACUGUGAAAUCAUUGAAUGAAUGGAUUUGUAAAUGUUGCUCAAGAAGAGUUAAGCAGUGCAGAAAAUGCAAGACAGGGACUCCUUUUCUAUCCCUCCCCGUCACCCCCGCCACCCUGUUUCCUUUCUUUAUUUUUUUUCAUUCUGGUAAGGAAGAACCUCCUUCUUGGAAACCACAGUUCAGCGGGAAAGAGUUGUUGGUUAAAGGAUCCCUACAGUGUAACAUAAUCCAUUAGUUAACCAUGGUGAGGGGUUGGAAAGAGUAGUAAAGAGAAGAACGUGCCGCUAUGACAGAGGGAUUUAAAGAAGUGAGGAAUGAACUAAACAAUUAGAAGGAUCAGUAUUAAUUGGAGGAAUGAAAGCGGUCUGCAUAGUGGUACCUGGCUAAAGUGAAACAGCAUAUGCUAGGGUCCUGUGGCUGGAGAGAGCCUGACUUGAGAACUGAAAAAGGACAAUUGGAACCCAGAUGCCAUGGAGGGGGGCGGUUCCCAUGAUGACAGAUGAGGGCGAUAGUGGCCUUGAUAGAACCAUUUCAGGAUUUGAGCCUUUAAGGAUUUAAGCCCCUGUAGCAUCACAGGAAGCCUUUGUGGAUGGUCGGUGAAGAUGGAGCUUUGAAAUCGAUGCAAAUCGAAUUAAUACACUCUGACUGACUUUUAGAGUAGGAGUUUUGUUAUAAAAGAAGUGACACUAAGAACCCACUGAAGUUACAGAGCAUACCACCUCAAGAAGUAACCAUGCCUGGGGAAGGAGGGAAAACUGAUAUGGAGAGAAUUGGCCUCUUCAGUGAGAUGGAAUAUGUUACUGUUGGUGAUAAAUAUGUGUCACAAUUUAAUCGAUCCUUUAAUGAGGCUGCAAGCAAAAACAGACAGAUGCUACCUGGGGGAUCCAAAGAAAUGUCAAGUCUCCAGGCAGGCUAUUUUGAUCCUCAUUUUGUAAGGAUUUUUGAAGGUGAAGGCUACGUAAAUCUGAAUCAAGUGAGGAGACGGCAUAUGAUGGAAGAAGCCAAGAAAAAUUUAGGCAAAGCAUUCCUCCCUAGUAGUGGAGAUAAAAAGCCAUGUGGAUUAGGAAGUUACUAUGGAACCAUAGGCGGACCAGUCCCAUUUUUCAGUGCACAGUCAAAACCCAAAGAAAAAUAUGAGCCACCUGGAAAGAAUUUAUACACAAACCCAGGAAAGAAAGGAACUGGAUAUGGCUAUGCAAAUAUUACCAUAGGCAAUCAGUUUUCACACUCUACUGAUUUCUAUGAUGCAGCAAAACUAAAUUACAAGAAAGAGAAUGAAGAACACCGUCGUUUACUUAAAGGGACAGCUUUCAAAUUAAAUCUUUACCCAAGGGAAUAUUUUGAUGCCAAUCCUUAUUUUUUUGAGAAACCUUUACCACCAAUUAAGAAAGCAGAGAAGAAAGAAACACUUGCAAACCCUUUCAAGCCCUCUUCUCCUGGUAAAAAGGCUGGUGGAAUGAAGGCAGGAACAUUUGAUCCUUACCCUUCACAUUCUGCUGACCCUUAUGUGGUUAAAUUGACAAGCCCUAUUUCCAGCAAAGGUGCUAAGAUUUUCCAUCCACCAGGUGGACCAAAAAGCAGACCAAUUGAAAGUGUAAUGACUUUGAAUGUCAAAAGGGCACUAAAUAUGAAGAACUACAAGACUGCUUCAGUACAGUCCUAUUAGCAUAUGGAAGACAAAUAGCUUAUAGGUCUGACUACCAGAAAUUCAUUAUCAAGUUCUAAUUAUUUGAAAAAAUAUAAAAUGUUGUGUAACAGAUAGCUGAAGCAUUUAAAAGAAGUUUAAGCCCAUGACUCGAAUACUCUUCCUUCUUUUAGUACUAUUACAUAAUAAAUAGUAUUUGUUAAUAAUUUAA